UAAUUUCCUAAUUUACAAUACAUUUUCAAUCUCCCACACUUAUUUUGAAAUUCGAUUGCUUCCUCUCUGUCAGUCAUGAAGUCGGCGAACGCUCCAGGGAAGGGUAAGGGUAAGGUUUCUGGUGGUGGGAAUGGGAAAAAGUCACGAGGGAAGAAGAAAGCUUCUCGUGGAAAGAAGAAGAAGAUCCAGUCUUCAUCUUCAAGCUCCUCCUCUGGUGGCUCCUCUAUUGGCUCUGACACAACUUACUUUCUGGAUCCAGCUGCAACCUCGGCUCCUCCAAAUCCUUUCGAGUGCCCUCCACAAGAUUCUGAGACAUGGUCCAGAAAGCAAUGGAACCAGUACACUGCUUGGAUGCAGUUUGAGAGGACCUACCGCACCAUGACAAAGGAAGAGAAUUACUAUCUUGACUCUCUUAAGUCGAAUCCAGACAAGGAGAAGAAGCCAGAGAAGGAGAAGAAGCCUUCGCAGAAGUAGAUGUUGUGUCAAAUCCUAUUGGAACUUACCUCUCGUUUAUAGAAAACCAAGAUUACUAAAUAAGAAACGGGUUAUAUCCUUUUCAUGUUUUAAAAUACUGUUUGACUUAAAGACAUUUUCUAAUAUUAAAGU